GUCACUGAGAAGGUUUUAUUUUGGAGACUUCUCUAGAGUUUGGAGGUAAAGUGUAUAUAAAGAGAGCGGAGUGAUGCGAGGAUGGAGGCGGAGGAGACGACUCCAGUGUUUCAUUGCUUCAGCCUUCUUCUUCUUCUACGACCAGGCUGGCUUUAAUUAAUUUAUUUUCUCCUUUCACAUAGUUAAGCUGCUGCCAGAGGUCUGUGCAUGUCGCCACUAGGGAAAGCAGGAGAGAAGAGACGUGGUCAGGGCAGCGGCAAUUGGCUUAUAUAAUAAUAAUAAUAAUAACAAUAAUAAUAACAAUAAUAAUCAUAGUGUUUAUUUAUCAUCGUCCGUCAGUCUCAUAAGCUCGGAUGAUGGAAUCCUGUGGAGCAAGUCUGUUUUCUACUUCGACACCACUGCGAACGACACCACCACUACCAUUUCCUUCUGCUCCUAGAUACCAGCAGCAUCAUCAUCACCACCACCGACAUCGGACUAACCUCACAUCUCUGCUCCAAGACACUGGCUGGAGGAAUAUGUUGCUAUGGAUGCUGCUGCUCUUUCUUUUCUUCCCUUCGACCUGCUUCCUUCAGCAGGCUCUUGCAGAAGUCAUAUAUCAAGAUUACGUGUCAUGGACCCCUCCAUUACAAAUUCGAGGUUACCGUUUAUUCCCUGAUUCACAGCUGUUAGAAUUCACUGUUCCAGAAGCAUCCACACAGAGUAUAUGGAAGUUCCAAAGUUUCUCAGAUAAAGCCAGUUGUGAAGUUAAGCAGGUUUACAUUUUUUUACAGUAUGGCAGUUUUCCUAUCAUCAACCUCACAAACAAAACAUUUCCAAAUACCUUCUACUUAAAACGAACAUUUUCCGAGCGUUUCAUAUUACGUUCCGACAACAGGACCACUGUCAUUAAUAUGGACGCACCUAGACAUGGACCAUGGUUUGCAGCUGCACUUUUACCAAACCCCAAUGAAAAAAUACAACAGAAGGGUAUCCUCACCAAAUGUAAAUACUCUGUACGUGGUAUGUUGGUCACUCAGACGAGGAAAGGUUAUGGUCAAGCUGUGGCCAAUACAAUUGUUACAACAACAUUAAUGCAUGGUUUUGAGUCCAAGAUGAAAUAUUAUAAAAUUGUCCUCCCUCCUCUGAGCUACCUGUACUAUUUUUCUGUACUCAACUGUACCGUUGACUCGGUGGACACUGGAGGAUGUCCUAUCUAUGUAUCCAUCGGCAACGGUAACAUGCCACCUUUUGAUGUCGAUGAGUUUCUCAUCAACUGUACAAAUUCUACGGAGAACUGUCACCUUCGAGUUGUGUCACCCAAUAGCUCAGGGUUAAACUUUGUUGCCUUCUACCUCCGUGAUAUCAACAGUACAGCACCUGUCACUGUCACAUGGCAGGUAACCACUGAAGAAUGUGAAGCGAAGUCAUCACACAUUUUCAUGGAGAAUUCCACAGAUGAAUCAAUGGCAGCUAACAAAAGCCAGGUGGCCCCGGAAUUUCAGUCCAAAUGUAUUAUACUUCCUAUGUUGGGACAGUUCAGUAGUGCCAGUGAGAAUUUCAACAGUAUUUAUGUCUUUCCCAAUGAAUUUCUCAUGCCAAAGAGGAACAACACUUUAGUUGUUCCUGACACUCACAGUCUGAUAACUGGUUUCAAUGUCCGUUUUCUAUCCAAUUCCGGAGGUACCAUUGGUAUAACAUUGCAUUUCGAUAAACAAAAACUUUCAGAGAACCAAACUGCUACCAUCUAUAUGUGCAUUGUCAAAGAUGGUUUCCCUGAUGUUCACAAUUUAGAGAAUUGUUCCAAUGGUGCGCUGCUUUCUAUUGAGUCUGCAGACGAUCAACAACAUCAUCAAAGAAUUCAUAUACCAUAUCCAGAGUUUGGGGACUAUUAUGUAGCUUUAAUAAGUCGGUGCUACUCCAUAGAGAGAAAUCAGACUGUGGAGCCAUGUCAUACAUUUCCAUCUGCACGUUUCACUAUUAUUCAAUCUCGAUGUUUAAAUGAAAAAUGUGGCCAUUACGGUCACUGUGCUGAAUACAUUAGUGGAUUAUUUGUAUUUAGUGCAUGUCGGUGUUUUGCUGGAUGGAAAGGUUAUGCAUGUACUGAUGACACUGAUGCCAACUCUGAUAGUUUGGAACUGUUGGCAGUAAUGUUGUUAACCCUCAGUAAUGGAUUCUUCAUCCCAGCUAUCAUCUUGGCUUUCUACAGACGCUUUUACCUUGAAGGAGUUGUAUAUAUCUUCACAAUGUUCUUCUCAGCAGUGUACCACGCAUGUGAUGCCAGCAACUUGUACCAAUAUUGUAUGAUGAAAUACGAUGUUUUGAGCUUCAGUGACUUUCUUGGUAGCUAUAUGGCAGUAUGGGUAACAUUAAUGGCCAUGGCUCGUCUGCCUGAUAAACUUCGGACAAUAUUCGAUGUGAUGGGUGCCUUGUUCUUGGCAUUAGCUGUUGACUAUGACAAACAUAGUUUACUUUUAAAUGUUGUUCCCUUAGUACUUGGUAUAGGAAUGGUCUUCUUAUCUUGGGGUUACCAAUGUCGAUUGAGGCAUCAUUGUUACCCAACGUGGCGUCGAUAUGUCUUCUGCUUACUACCUGGAGUGAUACUGGCUCUGGUGGGCCUUCUUUUGUUCACACUGUUUGAGACCGAAACAAAUUAUAAAUAUGUUCACAGCCUCUGGCAUAUACUCAUUGCCACAUCAAUAGUGUUCCUGUUGCCAGGACGACGGGAACUACCAGAUGGCAGCAGUAAAGUUUUUUUUCUGACAUGGUACUUUUGCUCUCUCCCAUUUGAUGCUGUGCGAAAAUGUUGUCGCAGAUGUUGGUGAUUGAAUUGUGUAGUCUGCCUCAUUGCGCUUCAUUUUUUUUUCUGGCAUGGUACUUAUGCUCUCUCCUAUUUGAUGCUGUGCGAAAAUGUUGUCGCAGAUGUUGGUGAUUGAAUUGUGUAGUCUGCCUCAUUGUGCUUCAUGUGAGUUACUUACACAACGGCCUAUGAUUUUUCUAGCAAGAAACAGCAUAACUGCAGAAGAAACCAACAAGGGUUUGGCAGAUAAUUCUUGAACAAUUAAAAGAAGUCUGCUGCUCAACAGUGCUGCACCAAAAUUUUGCACCAAUAUACUGCAGUUUCCUUGUUUGUUUUUUUCCUCGAUCUCAUCUUUUCCCCAUCUGUCCUCUUCUUUCUAUUCUUGCUUCAGCUUGCUAAUCCAGAGCAUUGGAAUCUGGUUGUCAGCCUUUCACAAAAUCUCCGUGUUUCAACAUGCUUACCUUCUAGUUUGAUCCAUUUCGUCUCCUUAGAGAGUCUGUUUUGUUCUCCCUGUGCCUCAACACUUUCUCUGCCUUUUCUAGGUAACCUCCAUUGCAUCUAUAUCAAAUAUUGAGAAUAAAAGUUCCUUAAAUAAAUAAGGCUUUGUUUUGCUAAGUGCUU